UUGAAAGAAUAAGCCUUCGAAAGUCAUACUCCAAGAAAAUCAAACAAAAUCUGACUCGAAUCUGCGGUUUCUACGAAGCUGAGAAAUUUUUUGACGUAAACCGUCUGUCCGUAGUCUUUCGGGGAAUGUAGUUCUCUUAGUGUGAAAAUUCUUUCGAAGCAGACGCGCUCUCGUUUUUUAAUAAGACUUCAUAUCCCAGGGGUCACUGCGGGUAGCCGGCGGUUGUGGGGACGCAUUAGCUCACGCGGACAGUCUCUGGGAGUGCUGAGUCGAACAUCCUCUGUGGCGUCUGGUCAGACAGAAACCGGCUGCUGGGUUUUACUUGAGUCGGAGAUUAAACGGCACACUUGGAGUUGGGACGCUCUCCAGCAUUGCCAGGGCUGACGGCGUCGUCGGGUUUCGGGAGGACGCUCGUGUGGCUCAACAACUGCGCAGCUCAAAUCUCACGGCGGUGAAAAUCCAACAACCACGAUGGACCCGAGAGACACUGCCCCUGAUUCCUGGGAACAAGAAGACGAUGUGGAGGCCACGAUCGACGGACAACUUGAAUCAGCAUUCACAACGCUAAAUGUGAACGCUAAGCCAUUUGUGCCCAAUGUAAACGCCGCCGAGUUUGUUCCGGCUUUUGGCCUGAAAGCACACCCGGCAAACGUCGACUCUGCCGUUGCUGUUGAAAAGAUGUCCACCAUGGAGAUGUCAGAAAGUGCUG